AAGUUUGCCAUUGUUUUUUGGCUUCAGCGUCACUUUGUCAACACAGCUCAAGCUUCUAAUAAGAUGGUGCACAGUUAGGGUGCUGACAUAUUUAAAAUUGUAUCUACUAUAGAUGCAGCAGCACUGACAGUGUUGCUGAUAAGUCAAUUCCUGACAAUCAGAGUGUGUCUUCAACAAAGAAAAGGAAAAUAAUGGACAUAGAAACUGCAGAAAUAACUUUGGUAACUGAAUCAGUGGAUGAAAGCAAACCUGAAAACACGAUACAAGGAAACCUUAACUUAGAACUAGCUGACAGCAUUGUUGCAGACAGUUUGGAGACGAAGCAUGACUCUUCAAGUAACUGUGAUUUAGAACCACUAGAAUGUAAAAAACAGCUGGUGAGCAAAGUGGAAAAUGUUGCUGAAAGUCUAGACGUCAACGAAAACAGCGAAAUGGUCAUGGGCGAAGCAUAUGGUUGUCAAGGGAAAGAAGAGAAAGCAGAUGAACAAAGCAGGUUAUCCUCGCUCCUUGUAAGACAUGCCUGUCGAUCGUCACAAGGGGACACUCCACUAACAGAUCAAGAUAACGGUCAUGAGCGGCAGGCCGUAUCACAAUCACUUCACUCAGCUACACAAAGUGAUCACCAAGAUGCAGCUGAGCUGUCAAACGACUUACAUGUUCCUCAAGGGUUUCUGUGUUCAAAGAUCCCCAGAAAGCUGAGCAGCAAGUGUCUGUAUGAGGAUGAAGACGCACAUUUACCAAGUAACUUGGUGGUAGUUGACCACAUGUCACUUGUAGUUCGCACAGUUACUACCACUCCCACGUUAGAAAAAACACCACACAGUACUACAACCAAGAACUUUAAGAAAUUUAAGAAGCAAACCUACCCAGAUUGCCUAACCUAAGAACUGACUGGAGGAAGCAAACAACUCAGGAAAUCACUCUGGGGCUAGCUGGCCCCUAAGUUUUCAGAUUUGGUCGCCAGCACAAGUAUUUUAGUCCAGGAUUUUCAAAAGAAGUGUGCCACUGCCAGAGCUCUGCCACCUACUUGACUACAUAUAGCUGGUUACUCCGGCUUUAGCAAUCAGCUUGUGCCAAACAAGCUUAGCAUUUUGUUUUAGCGAUAAAUCUUUAGGAUGGCAUAAUAACUUCACACUCAAUUUUGCAACAAUUUUAUUGUUUUUGCAAUAGGAAUUGGUGCAGCUUGUUUUAUUUGGGCUGCCAGUGAGGCAAUAUUGUCCACCUCUUUUCAACGCUCUCAUGUUCUCCAUGAUGUUACUGCGUUACUGCAAACCUUUCUAUGUCACAGCCUUGUAAUAUGAUCAUUUUGGCUGCGCGGUAAAAUGAACCACUUUUUAGCGCGAUGAACAAAACUUCAGCACUCGAAAAAGGCGACUUUGCAAUGUUUCCAAUCCUUUAAUGUCUUUCCCCAGUAUUGCAUUGCGCAUCCUUAUUGCGCAUAAUUUAUGGCGUCAUUAGCACGCGUUCGUGCA